CUCGGUUCAUCAGCAUCGACAGCAUCACUGUCAAAGGCAACAUUUUAAUCGGCCUCAUAAAAUGCAGUCCAAUAGUUUUAACACUGCAGAAGAACUUUUGCAGGAAAUUUCCACGCUUGACGUGGAAAUUAUGCAUUUGGAACGAUAUCUUCUAUCAAUGUACAGAGCAGCUUUUGAUGAUAUAGUAGCAGAAUACAACUUUGUCCCUGCUAACAUGCCAAAGAUCAUGGAGAGUCAAGAUGGCGGCGCUGCUAGUAGACCAAGUUUGCAGGAUCUAAUGGAUAACGAUCAAAUUAAUACAUACAUCAAUCCUAGUGAUACUCAGGGCUACUUAAUGUCUCCUGAUAAACUUUCUGAAGACAUUGUCAGAUGCAUGAUUUCCAUUUACUGCAAGCUUGCCAGCAAUUACUCCACUUCCACUCCUGCUGCUAUCCCUGAAAGUACUAAUAAUAGUACUAUUAUAGGAUUUUCGUCGUCGUCAUCAUCUAUGUCGCCAUCUAUACUUACUCUUAGUCCACCUUUGGGAACCUCCUCAACUACACUUUUUUCUCCUCAUCAUCGACGCCAUUUUAAUCAGGAUUACAGCUGGGAAAUCGAAGAAUAUGCUUCCUCUUCCUCUUCGUCUGAUUUCUUUCAAAAUGGAGGAGCAGCAGCAAGUAGCUUAGCUAGUGGACCAUGUACUUCUGAUACGGUAGUGGUUUCAAGAGCAUGUCUAGAAUUAGCCGAUGAAAGCAGGAUUGGUCAUGUUGUUCCCAUGAUGAAAAAGCUCAGGUCAAUGCUUAAAUAUCUUGAAGACAUUGACCCGAGGAAAAUGAAACCAGAACAAAAACUUACCUUCUGGGUCAACAUUCACAAUGCCUUGGUUAUGCAUGCGCAUUUAGACUAUGAAAUUCAGCAUCAGAACCACCUACAAAGCAGUGGUAUUACCUCCCUGCUUCUCCUGAAUGAUGCCACUUACAAUGUUGGGGGACAUUUCACAACUGCCUAUGAAAUAAAGAGCUCCAUUCUCGGGUGCUCACCCUCAUCACCAGCUUCACACAUUACAACUACUGUGACUACUUCCCCAACGUGGCUGCAGACAUUUUUCACACCAACAGGAGGAAUAAAGCUCAAGAAAAAUAACAAUAAGAGGAACAGCGGCAGUCGUCACAUCUAUUCCCUUGAUUACCUGGAGCCACUGGUUUAUUUUGCCCUUUCUUCAGGAGCAUACUCUGAUCCUGCGGUUCGAGUAUACACAUCGAAGAAUAUAUUUGCUGAGCUUAAUAUCGCCAAGCAAGAGUUCAUUCGAGCUGCAACUAGUAUUAAUACUGCAAAUGCUAAUACCUUCUCAUCAUUAUCUUCCUCAUCAUCCAUUUACAACAAUAACAACUACAAGCAAAAACAUACAAAAGACGGGUGGGGAACAAGUGAUGAAUAUAACAACAACAAGGUAAUACUUCCCAAGGUUCUGUAUUACUUUGCAAAUGAUGCUUGUCUAAAUUUAUAUGGCCUCGCGGAGAUGGUCCACGGAUGCUUAUCAGAGUCUCAACAGAAAGCUAUGGAAAUAUGCCAGCAGCAGCUCUCUAUCAACAGCAAUAAGCGACUGAUUACAAGGAUGCUGCAGCCCGAUAAGUACAUACAAUGGUCACCUUAUAAUUCAGCUUUCCGCUACAUCAUCCAAACUAAACAGCUAUAAGUUCUCAGAACAUAUGAUCUGUAAAUUUGCAUCAUACAUGAAUCAUUUAAACACACACACACAAAAAUGUAUAAAGACGACCGAGAUCCCUAAAUUCAAAUAAUGAAGUUUGCAGCAUUUUUCUGUUUUCAUUCUCUAUGUCAACCAUGGAUCCUGCAGCUCCUCUCCAAGGCAGCUUUAUGUGUAUAUGAUGGACAGUGUGCUAUCUAGCUGUGCAUGCUCUGCUAUCUAUUAUAUAUAGAAAGGCAGCAAUAAUAAAUAAUUAGAUAAAUGGUUGCACAUGGCAUGGGAAUGAGGACAGUGAGAUGAGAACAUUAACCAUUUGAUUAAAAA